UGUUUAAUCUGGUUUUAUUUAUGCCGGAUCCACAUUAUUGCAACAUAAUUUGCAAAAGUGAAAAUAAAUCAAAUAAAUAAAAAAAGAAUUGAAAAAAGAAAACUUUUAAAAAUUUUAAUUGUUUAAAGCAAAAUGCCACAAACCAGACGCAAAACGCCCUUCAGUGGCAAAAAGAAGAAGGAUCAAUUGUUGCAAAAGCGACAAUUAAAAGGUUCACAGAAAUAUUUAAGAACUCAGAAUGAUAAUGAUGAUGGCGAAACUACCGAAGAUAAUGAAUUUAUUGCACGUAAAUUAAUGAUGCGCUCUCAGCCCAGUGGUGGUGCCGGCGGGCGCAAUAAAAAUGUAAAUCGUUACAAUCUUUGCUUCUACCAGGAGUCUAGAAAGGAAUUGGAACGUUUGAAGUUAGAAGGUUUGAAACCUUACAAUCCAGCCACACCUAAGCAAAGGGAAAUUGAUGCCAGUUUUUAUGAGGGCUAUGAUUUUCCCAUACGUCCCGAAUGGAGUUAUGACAUGGAUAAGGUCACUCUGGAUCGUAAUGAAAAUAAGUAUUUUCGCGAAUAUGUAGAAAAGCUACAGGAUAAACAAAAGUCCGAAAAUAAAGAUUUAUCUUUGUUUGAAUUAAACUUGGAAACAUGGCGUCAAUUGUGGCGUGUUUUAGAAAUAUCCGAUAUUUUGCUAAUCAUUGUGGAUGUUCGUUAUUCGACCCUUAUGUUCCCGCCCGCUUUGUAUGAUCAUAUUAUCAAUAAGCUGGGAAAACAUGCCAUUUUAAUUCUUAAUAAAGUGGAUUUGGUGGCUCCAGAAGUGGUAGUAGCCUGGCGUGAUUACUUUAAAACCACUUAUCCUGGUUUACCAGUGGUUAUAUUUGCUUCGAAUCCAGCACAAGCUAAGAAUGGCACUCAACAACGUCGUCGCUUAGACUAUAAACGCAGUAUUGAAGGCGUGUACAAUAUUUUCAAAGAAUGUCAAAAAAUUGUACAAUCCGAAGUGGAUCUCACAAGUUGGGAACAGAAAAUCCUCGAAGACAUGAAUGUCGAUAAUGUUUGCCUCGAUAAUGAAAUUGAAACUGUGGAAAAAUGUACCGAUGAGUUACAAAGUACGAUGCCACACGAAGGUGAUGGACAAAAACAUGAAAAGUAUCACAAAGGUAUUUUAACCUUAGGUUGUGUAGGUUUUCCCAAUGUGGGUAAAUCAUCACUUAUCAAUGCCCUUAAAGGACGUAAAGUAGUAAGUGUUAGCCGUACCCCCGGACACACAAAACACUUUCAGACAAUUUUCCUUACAAAUCUUGUGCGUCUCUGUGAUUGUCCCGGUUUGGUGUUUCCAUCGUCAACAUCGAAAUACUUGCAAGUUAUGCUGGGUAGUUUUCCCAUCUCACAAUUGCAAGUGCCUUAUCGUUCUAUACAAUUGAUAGCCGAACACUUGGAUUUACCGAAAAUUUUAAAAAUUCAUUUACCAGAAGAUUACGAUGAAUGGUCACCGGUGGCCAUAGCAGAUGCUUGGGCUUUUAAGCGUGGCUUUAUAAUAGCUAAAUCGGGUAGGCCUGAUCGUUAUCGGGCAGCAAAUCAUUUGUUGCGUUCCUGUGUUGCAGGUCAACUACAAUUGAUUUUACAAUUCUAUCCACCGCAGUUUAAUGAACAACGUGAAAUGUGGCUAAAACAUGCAGACAUAGAAGAGGUCAAGAAAUAUCAAAACUUACCGGGAGAUGAUGAUAAUGAUGAGGAUGAUAAAAAUAAUAUGGAUAAUGAAGAUACUUCUUCGCUUAAUUCGGAAAGUGCUUAUGACACCGAUGAACUAAGCAGUUCCAAUGAUGAAACCAAUGCCGAUGAAGAUGACGAAGAUUUAAAUGAACGCGAAUUAACCCCACCUUCUACAUCACGCAAUACAUUUGCUUUACUUGAAGAUGAUUAAACUAAAAAGAAACAGUGCAGAUCACAAAACACACACAGACAUCAUUUAACACACAUGCACAUUUAUUCCACUAUAUAUUUCUUAUUAUGUUUUAUGGAUUUUUUCUUUUUGUUUAUUUAGAUAGUGGAUUUAAAUCUUUGUGAAGGUAUAGAUCCAUCAUCUUCAUCAUCAGUCGAUAGAAACUGAUCAGAAAGAUCGCCGGCAUCAUCCAAAGAGAGCAAAAUUUGUAUAGCCCUAAAAGAUAACAAAGAAAUAUUGAGUUUUAACAAACUGUAUUUUAUAUGCAUUUCUAAUGGAGUAGAAAUUUUUAAAACAAAUAAGCAAUUAAAUUGCUAGAAAAUAAAUAACACUUAAAUACUA